AUGUUCAAGACCAGCUACCUGCAUGAGGUGCGCAAGGAAAAGUAUGAGCGCUCAGAUGUCUUUGAUAAGGAACCUGAAGACUCUGAAACAUCUGCAGGCAUCUCAGCCAUCCAGGGCUGGGAGAGCCUUCAGAAGCUCAACAGUCGCUUUGCCCGAUAUAUCAACAGGGCACGCGUCCUGGAGCAACGCAACGCAGUGUUCUGCAAGCAGCUGGAGACAUUGCAGCGGAUGGAAGAGGUCAGCAGCCCAGCUGAGCCCUUCACAGAGCAGACUGAAGUCAACAGGCAUCGCAUCCAAGAGCUGUCCUCUGACCGUGCCAAGCUGGAGCAAGAGCUGAAUGAUGCUUGCCAUAUGCUGGAUGAAUUUACCAGCAAGUAUAGAAAUGAAUGUGAUUAUCAAGAAUAUCUACGGGCCACUCUGGAACAAUUAAACAAGGAGGCUGACAGUGCGCUGCUGAGAAACCUGGAGUACCAGAUCCAAUCACAGUUCCUGCAGGAUGACAUCAACUUAACCAAAGACAGACACAAGAAGAACCUCGCAGAGAUCCAAACCUAUGUAAACAUAUUGCAGCAAAUCAACCAGACACUUCCCUUUGUUCCCAAUGUGUCAAUGGGCAUCUCAGAGGAGAAGCUGCUGGCCCAGAGGAAAGCGCCUGCACUGCACAGUCAGCUUGAGGAAUAUAAGAGCGCCCUCUGUCAGCUGCAGGCCCAGAAACAACGCCUACAGACUGAGACUGCCAUGUUGGAGCAAGCUAUCAAAAACACACAGGAGAGUUAUGACAAUGAGAUCCAGAUGUUCAAUGAACAAAUAGAAUCUCUGAAGAAGGAGACUGAGGAAGCUGAGAGAUCGCUGGACAGGUUCACUAGUGACUGUCACCACCUGGCCAUGUACCAGACAUCUCUUCAGAAUGAGCUGGAGAGGUACAAGAGUAUCAUUGAGAACGAAGAUAACAGGUUGAAUUCAGCGAUAAUUGGCACUCCCAUUACCCUGUUCACCACUAAUUACGACUACACUCACAAAUCCACUAAAUCAAGCAGGGGGAGAGAUAUCACCAAGGCUAUCCAAGAUAUCACCAGUAUGAAGCCCCGCCAGAAGAUCCUGGCUAAGAAGGUUUUGAAGAAGAAAGAGCUGACCCCGAAAGAUGUGAUGGACAGUGGCCAGGAGGAAAGAAAUGGGAAAAAUUUUAAAGAAACCAAAGAAAUCCUGCCUAAGGAAGUGCAGGAGGAGAAGGUCAAGAAAAAAGAGCAGAGACCUGUUCUCACUGGGGUAUCUCCACAGGAUGUUCCAGAUGGAGCUCAGAUCAGCAAAGCCUUUGACACUCUUUGUAACAUUGUCAGAGACAGAAUGAGAAGGUACAAGAAGCCUGAGCCAAUCGCCGACUUCUACACCAAGGGUCAUUAUGUCCUUGUCACCGGUGAUGGCAGUUACCCAGAUCCCUGUUUCUACACCUCCACACCAUCAGCUGGCCGCAUCUUAGUCACUAUAAGAGAUGGAAUGAUGUCUCCCUGUGAGCCUUACAGAAGUAGCACACCUUCUCCUCCGCCUCCUCAGCCCAUGCCAGACCCCAAACCUCUUAGUCCCAGCCUGCCCCCCAGUGCAACAGGAGGAAAGGAGGAUACUAUGGGUGGAAGAGGUAAGGGCAAUGGAAGUAAAGGUAAGCUUAAGAAUGAAGAACCUCAGCCUCAGUCUAGAGAUUCGAUUCCAGUCUGCCCAGGCUCUGGCCCUAAAGGUCCCACCCCAGCUACUGAUCAGUCCAAGAAAAACAGUGAUGACAAUGGUCCAAGUGGGCCUGCUCCAAAACCUGCUUCACGUGCUGCCAGCACCAGCUCCAGCACCAGCACCAGUUCCAGCUCCAGCACCAGCACCAGGUCUAGCAGCUUUACCCCAGAUGCCCUGAGCUAUGAGAAAGUGGAGGUGGUGGAGUCUGUGGAGAAGUUCUCCAAAGGCCGCAUGUUUAAAGAUUAUGAGGAGACUUCUGUGGUGGUAGAGACCAUGAUCGAGAAGUCCAGCAAGAAGAAACACUAA